UUGUAUUCGGUGAGUAAUAGUCAAAGUUUCUAUCUUUCUUCUCUCUCUCUCUGUGCUUCUACUGUAUCGGUCGAGUUCGGUUUUUGCUUGCCUUCUCUUUCAUAGGGUUUGUGGUUGUGUGAUAGUGGCGUCUGAUGGCGUCGUCGGAUCAGGGGCCUAAGACAGAGGCGGGAGGAGGUGGAGGAGAGAGCUCGGAGACUGUGGCGGCGAGUGAUGAGAUGUUGCUGUACAGAGGUUUUAAGAAGGCGAAGAAGGAGAGAGGCUGCACUGCUAAGGAACGUAUCAGUAAAAUGCCGCCCUGUACAGCUGGCAAAAGGAGCUCCAUUUACCGUGGAGUCACCAGGCAUAGAUGGACAGGUCGUUAUGAAGCUCACCUUUGGGAUAAGACUACUUGGAACCAAAACCAGAACAAGAAGGGCAAACAAGGUUCUAACUUUUCUUUCUCCAUUCUUCAUUCAGCAUUAAGUUUUCUCUUAUUUGGAGUAGAAAAGCUCAUCUCUUUCUUUGUGUGUUCCUUCAAUGUUUUCAUCGUUGAUGCAAAUUCCACCACACCAGUUUAUCUAGGAGCAUAUGAUGAUGAAGAGGCUGCUGCUAGAGCUUACGACCUUGCUGCCUUGAAAUAUUGGGGACCUGGUACACUUAUCAAUUUCCCGGUAACGGAUUACAGCAGGGAUUUAGAAGAAAUGCAAAACCUCUCAAGGGAAGAGUACCUUGCAUCUCUACGCAGAUAUCCCUUUGGCAGAAAAAGCAGCGGUUUUUCAAGAGGAAUAGCUAAAUAUCGUGGACUUCAAAGCCGAUGGGAUGCAUCAGCCAGUCGUAUGCCUGGACCUGAAUACUUCAGCAACAUGCAUUAUGGAGCAGGUGAUGAGCGAGGAACAGAAGGUGACUUUCUAGGCAACUUCUGUCUGGAAAGAAAGAUCGAUCUAACGGGAUACAUAAAGUGGUGGGGUGUCAACAAACCCCGUCAGCCAGAAUCUUCAUCAUCAAAAGCAUCAGAGGAUGCAAAGGUAGAAGACGCCGGCACUGAGCUCAAGACACUCGAACACACAUCCCAUGCAACAGAGCCAUACAAAGCGCCAAACCUUGGCGUCCUUCAGAGAAAAGAAAAACAAAUAUCAUCUUCUGCGUUAAGCAUCUUGUCUGCCUCGCCUGCUUACAAGAGCCUUGAGGAGAAAGUGCUGAAGAUCCAAGAAAGCAGCAGCAGCGCUAGAGAAAACGACGAGAAUGCUAAUCGUAACAUCAUCAAUAUGGAGAAGAGUCAUGGCAAGGAGAUAGAGAAACCGGUCGUGAGUCUUGGUAGUGGUGGUGUUGUUCCUUCUGGUGCUUUGUCUCUUCAGAAAAGCAUGUACCCACUUACCUCUCUCUUAACUUCUCCGUUGCUCACCAACUACAAUACUUUGGAUCCUCUCGGAGAUCCUAUUCUCUGGACACAGUUUCUUCCCCCAGGGUCCUCUCAUACUUCAGAGGUGACAAAGACAGAGACAAGCUGCUCCACAUACAGCUACCUCCCUCAAGAGAAGUGAGCCGUUCCCUUUACAGUCUUUUUGUUUGUCUGAUUCUCCCUUGUCGUGAGAUGAAUUUGUCGACUUGACAUAUCUUUUUUUAUCUCUCUUAUGGGAGUAGUGUGGCUAAUAGUCUGAAGCAUGAGUGUACAGGUUUUGUGUGUGUGUUUCUAGUGUGGAAUAUAGAAUCAUUAUAUUUUAUUUUAAAACAAGAAAAAGUUAUCAAUAUAGAUAAAAGUUUACUC